AUGCCGCGGUCUCGCCGAGGGGGAAGGAAGCGGCAGAUCAAGCGAUUGAAGUGGCGCCUUAUUGAGGCCGGAACCUUCGAUCCACGAGUCUUCGAUCGACCUCCGCCCCCCGAAGCCUCCCCGAGACGGCACGGAUCUCCGGGGCCGUUCGAAUUACGCCCUCCACAGCCGCCCUCCUAUCCCCAACUAAUACCCCCAGCACCGCCCUGCCGUGUCACGCCACCACCGAUCCCCGCUCCCUUCAAGCGCCCGCCGCCCCGGCUGCCCCCGGAGACUGAUACUGCCCCUAUCCGGGCUCCCACACGGCCCGUAAAGGUGGACCGCCAAGUCCGUCCACCCCCGCGGCAGAAGCCCCGUAUAACUAGCAACGAGGUCUUCGUCGGGUCACUCCCUAAAUUAAUACUCUCCGCCAAGGCGACCUCUCAGUCAACUGAGACCUAUUAG